AUGUGUCUAAAUCCCUUGGCUGCUGGGAAGUUUCAGCCUCCAGUGCUUCUUUCCUCGGGAGCCCUGUGUGCUCGCUUCGUGAUCGACGGCGCCACGGCGCUGUGGUGCGCAGCGGGGGCCGGGCACUUUGAGGUGGUCAAGCUGCUGGUGAGUCACGGCGCCAACGUCAACCACACCACGGUGACCAACUCCACCCCGCUGCGGGCCGCCUGCUUCGAUGGCCGCCUGGACAUCGUCAAGUACCUGGUGGAGAACAACGCCAACAUCAGCAUCGCCAACAAGUACGACAACACGUGCCUGAUGAUCGCGGCCUACAAGGGCCACACGGACGUGGUGAGGUACCUGCUGGAGCAGCAUGCUGACCCCAACGCCAAGGCCCACUGCGGGGCCACCGCCCUGCACUUCGCGGCCGAGGCGGGUCACCUGGAGAUCGUGAGGGAGCUGGUCAAGUGGAAGGCAGCCAUGAUGGUCAACGGCCACGGGAUGACUCCGCUGAAGGUGGCAGCUGAGAGCUGCAAGGCUGAUGUCGUGGAGCUGCUGCUGGCUCAUGCCGACUGCGACCGGAGGAGCCGCAUCGAGGCUCUGGAACUGCUGGGUGCCUCGUUUGCAAAUGACAGGGAGAACUACGAUAUCAUGAAGACCUACCACUAUUUAUAUUUAGCCAUGCUGGAGAGGUACCGGGACAGCCAGAAUAUCAUUGAAAAGGAAGUUCUUCCACAAAUUGAAGCUUAUGGGAACAGGACUGAAUGCAGGACUCCUCAGGAAUUAGAGUCCAUCAGGCAGGACAGAGAUGCCCUUCACAUGGAAGGCCUCAUCGUGCGGGAGAGGAUUCUGGGCUCGGACAACAUCGAUGUGUCUCACCCCAUUAUUUACCGGGGGGCUGUUUAUGCAGAUAACAUGGAGUUUGAGCAGUGCAUCAAGCUGUGGCUCCACGCCCUGCACCUGAGGCAGAAGGGCAACAGGAACACUCAUAAGGACCUCCUGAGGUUUGCCCAGGUCUUUUCUCAGAUGAUCCACUUAAACGAGCCCGUGAAGGCCAAGGACAUCGAGAGCGUCCUGAGGUGCAGCGUCUUGGAGAUAGAACAAGGCAUGUCCCGCAUCAAAACCACCCAGGACUCCGACAUCCACACCGCCAUGGACAACUACGAGUGCAACAUUUUCACCUUUCUCUACUUGGUCUGCAUCUCUACCAAGACCCAGUGCAGCGAAGAGGAUCAGUCGCGAAUCAACAAGCAGAUUUACAACCUGAUCCACCUGGACCCCAGGACCCGGGAUGGCUCCAGCCUGCUCCACCACGCCGUCAAUUCCAGCACCCCCGUCGACGACUUCCACACCAACGACGUCUGCAGCUUCCCCAACGCCCUGGUGACAAAGCUCCUGCUGGAUUGUGGUGCUGAUGUGAACGCCGUGGACAACGAAGGAAACAGUCCUCUCCACAUCAUUGUCCAAUACCACAGGCCCAUCAGUGACUUCUUGACGUUGCAUUCCAUCAUCAUUAGCCUGGUGGAGGCUGGUGCUCACACAGACAUGACGAACAAGCAGAAGAAGACCCCUCUUGAUAAAAGUACCACAGGGGUGUCUGAAAUACUCCUUAAAACUCAAAUGAAGCUGAGUCUCAAGUGCCUGGCUGCCCGAGCAGUACGGAUCUAUAACAUCAGCUACCAAAACCAGAUCCCUAGAACUCUGGAAGACUUUGUCAAGUUCCACUAG